AUCAAAAAGUAACGUUUGCACUCCUCCGUAAAACGUCCAUCGUCUGUGACUCUCUCACCUCUUCUAUAUAAACACAUACCACCCCCAAUGGAAUGCUUAUUUUCUCGAGAAACAAACAAAAUACACCACAACCAACAUCGACAACAACGUUAACAACAGAUCAAAAACGAAAACCGUACCCACAACCAGACCCGACCAAGCGAACCUUCCCCAAAUAAAGGAACACCGGGAAAAGAUAUAUACAUACAUACAGGUCCGAGCGUCUUUUCAUUUUUCUUUUUGUUAUAGUAGACGGCAAAUGCGGGACUCCGGCGAUGCCACGUCAGUGUGAAGACUCGCCGGUAACAUGGGUUCGAGUACGGUGAUGGUGGCCGCCGCUGGUGGUGCUUCUUGUCUUAACGGAGCCGUGACGGCGGCCAACGGCGUUAAUUUUCAUUACAGUGGCGGCGGGGGUGGCGGAGGAAGCGGCGGUGGGAUUGGUGCUCGCCGGUUUGUGGCGUCGGGAUUUGUUUUCUUUGUGGGAUGUUUUGUGUUGUAUGGGUUGAUAGCGGCUUCCUACGCGCGGUUAUUCACGCCACAUUAUGCACGCGCCGGCAUGUCUUCUCUGGGUUGCCGGGAGGACAAUGAGGGUUCUUGGUCUAUUGGGGUGUUCUACGGUGAUUCUCCUUUCUCUCUCAAGCCGAUUGAAACAAUGAACGUGUGGAAGGAUGAGAGUGCUGCCUGGCCAGUGGCUAACCCAGUUCUGACUUGUGCUUUAGUUUCAGAUUCUGGUUUCCCAAGUAAUUUUGUUGCUGAUCCUUUUCUUUAUAUUCAGGGCAAUACUAUGUACCUAUUUUAUGAGACUAAAAAUCCAGCUACUAUGCAAGGGGAUAUUGGAGUUGCAAAAAGCAUUGAUAAGGGCGCUACAUGGCAACCAUUAGGCAUAGCCCUGGAUGAAGACUGGCAUCUCUCUUAUCCUUAUGUCUUCAAUUAUCUUGGUGAAAUAUACAUGAUGCCGGAGAGUAGUGAGAAAGGAGAACUUCGUCUUUAUCGAGCACUUAGCUUUCCCCUCCAUUGGAAACUAGACAGAAUUGUCUUGAAAAAGCCUAUUGUUGAUCCUGUUCUAAUAAAUCAUGAUGGAAAUUAUUGGCUUUUUGGCUCAGAUCAUAGUGGCUUUGGAACCAUGAAGAAUGGACAACUAGAAAUUUGGUACAGCAGCUCACCUCUUGGUCCUUGGAAACCACACAAGAAGAACCCUAUAUAUAAUGUUGACAAGAGUUUAGGGGCUCGAAAUGGUGGCAGGCCAUUUCUUUACAAUGGAAACUUGUAUCGUGUUGGUCAAGACUGUGGUGAAACUUAUGGACGACGAGUGCGUACUUUUAAGAUGGAGGUGCUUACUGAGUCUGAAUAUAAAGAAAUUGAAGUCCCUUUCAACUUGGAGGUGAUAAAUAAAGGGAAGAAUACUUGGAACGGUGCUCGCUACCAUCACUUUGAUGCACAGCAGUUGGGUUCUGGUGAAUGGAUUGGGGUAAUGGAUGGAGACCGAGUACCUUCAGGGGACAUAGGCCACCGGUUUAUGCUUGGUUGUUCUUCUGUUGCAGCUGUUGGUGCUAUUGUUGUAUUAUUGGGCGUACUGCUUGGAGCUGUGAACUGCAUAAUUCCCCUCAACUGGUGUGCUUAUUACUCAGGAAAGAGGAGUGAUUCUUUCUUGGCUUGGGAGAGGGCCAAUAUGUUCUCUUCAAAGGUGAGAAGGUUCUGUUGUCGUUUGAACAGAGUACCUUCAUUUCUUCGAGGCUUAAUAAAAUCUAAUACUUUCAUGGGAAAGUUGGUUCUGGUUUUGAUAUUUUCAGUUGGAGUUGUGUUGAUGUGCUCUGGUGUUAAGUACAUAUACGGAGGCAGUGGUGCAGAAGAAGCGUACCCAUGGAAGGGUCAUCAUUCGCAGUUUACAUUGUUAACGAUGACAUAUGAUGCUCGACUUUGGAAUUUGAAAAUGUAUGUUAAGCAUUACUCUAGGUGUUCUUCAGUGAAAGAGAUUGUUGUGGUUUGGAACAAAGGAAUACCACCCAAAUUGAGUGAUCUAGACUCAGCUGUGCCUGUUAGGAUCAGAGUGGAGAGUCAGAACUCACUAAACAAUCGGUUUAAGAUGGAUCCAUUAAUUAAGACCCGUGCGGUGCUGGAGCUUGAUGAUGAUAUUAUGAUGAGAUGUGAUGAUGUUGAAAGGGGAUUUAGAGUAUGGCGCCAGCAUCCAGAUAGAAUUGUGGGUUUUUACCCCCGUCUGGUGGAUGAAAGAAAGAAGUAUAGGGGUGAGAAAUAUGCCAGGAGCCGUAAAGGUUAUAACAUAAUUCUUACUGGG